UGACUAAGAUGUUGUUGAUGAUAAGAAAAUAUGAAAAAAGGAAAAAGAAAGAAAUUCUCGACCUUAUAUUUUUAAGAAAGGUUUUUGUAUUUAUUUUGAAGGGCGGCAGGAAAGGAAGGGGAGAGGGAGGUGACUUGCUCUGCUUGAAGGACGUUUACGUUCACCUGGCGACCGAACCAUUUAUUUUUCUUCUUUUUUUAGCACUUGACUUUCUUCUAGUUUAAAAUUGAGAAACAAAAUCUUUCACAUAUCUCAAUUAUCUCUCUACCAUUUUACCUUUAUUCUGCGCACCCAUUUUCCCUUUAUUGCCAGCCGUCUUAAAAAGGGAGGAAGGUGACUUUAAAGUCUUUUUUAAAUCAAUACAAAAUUGAUUUCUAUUUUUAUUUUUCGAUAAAUAAAUAUUUUUUUAUGAUUUUUUCCUUUUAAAUAUUUUUAAAAAUAAUUUAAUUAAUGAAGAAAAUAUUUUAAUAAUUUUAAAAUGAAAUAAUAAAAUAAAUUAAAUGGACGACAUUGCAUCUAUAGAAUCUGUUGAACCUCUUGAUCAGAUAAGCUUUUGGUGCCUCACAAUAUCUACAAUGUUCAAAUUGGUAGCAAUGGGUGUUACAAUUUUUGUAUUGCCUUUUAAUGAUUGGAUUCAUUUGGAAAAAGAUGGAAGCCAAAUGAUUAUUAUUAGAGGUAUUUCCGGAAGUGAUUGUGUUUAUGAAAAUGUUAACGCAAAAAUUCGUUGUACAAGAUGGAACGACCCUUUGGAAAAUAGGGAAAAAUUUUGGUCAGGUUUCAAUUUGAAUGCUGUCCAAAUUGAAAGGCCUAGUGGAAUGUAUCGAGCACUCUUUUAUUUUGUACUCCUACAAUUAUUGCUUUUUGUAUUUGACAUUGGAGCCUCAAUGGUUAUGUGCCGUAGGUAUAGAUUUCAAAAGGAUGGUGAAACAGUUGAGAAAAGGAUAUCAAUGGCUUUAACAGGCAUAAUAUUAUUCUUCCACUUUGUAAUUAUUUUUACAACAAUUUCUGCCAAUUCAGACUUCACCAAUUCCUUGCCACCUUUUGAUAGUUGUAUGGGGACAGCUUUUAAAUUAUUUGUUGGAAUGUUUAUAAUUUUCGGUAUUGGGUGUUUUCUAACACAUUUUUCAAGAAUUUUGUUAAUUCGAGAAAAAAGGAAGGGAAGGCAAGAUUUUCAAUUAAAUAAUGGAGGAGGAAGGGGAGCAGCUAUGGAAUUGAUGUGA